AUGGCACAUAACCUCUUCACAGUGAAUAAAUUACAUCAUUAUCUAUCUAUCUAUCUAUCUAUCUAUCUAUCUAUCUAUCUAUCUAUUACAUAUCCUCAUUCUCAAUUCAUCUAUUUCCGUCUUUCCAUAAUCUAUCUGUCUAUCUAUCUAUCAAUCUAUCUAUCUAUCUAUCUAUUAGUCUUUCCAUUAUCUAUCUAUCUAUCUAUCUAUCUAUCUAUCUAUCUAUCUAUCUAUCUAUUACCAUCUUUCCAUUCUCCAUUCAUCUAUAUAUCUAUCUAUUACCAUCUUUCCAUUCUCCAUUCAUCUAUAUAUCUAUCUAUUACAGUAUCCUCAUUCUCAAUUCAUCUAUUUCCGUCUUUCCAUAAUGUAUCUGGCUAUCUAUCCAUCCAUCUAUCUAUCUAUCUAUUACAGUAUUUCCAUUAUCUAUCUAUCUAUCUAUCUAUCUAUCUAUCUAUCUAUCUAUCUAUUACAUAUCCUCAUUCUCAAUUCAUCUAUUUCCGUCUUUCCAUAAUCUAUCUGUCUAUCUAUCUAUCAAUCUAUCUAUCUAUCUAUCUAUCUAUUAGUCUUUCCAUUAUCUAUCUAUCUAUCUAUCUAUCUAUCUAUCUAUCUAUCUAUCUAUCUAUCUAUCUAUUACCAUCUUUCCAUUCUCCAUUCAUCUAUAUAUCUAUCUAUUACCAUCUUUCCAUUCUCCAUUCAUCUAUAUAUCUAUCUAUUACAGUAUCCUCAUUCUCAAUUCAUCUAUUUCCGUCUUUCCAUAAUGUAUCUGGCUAUCUAUCCAUCCAUCUAUCUAUCUAUCUAUUACAGUAUUUCCAUUAUCUAUCUAUCUAUCUAUCUAUCUAUCUAUCUAUCUAUCUAUCUAUCUAUCUAUCUAUCUAUCUCCCCACACACGGAGUCUUAAGCAUAUUUCUUUACUGA